AACCAUGGAAGAGUCAUCGAACGGAAAUGUGCACACCGGAGAGACGAAAGAGCCGGGGACGCCGCCGAUUGCCAUUGCGCCGACGGAAGAAUUACUAGAUCUUGAUGAGGAGCGGAAGCCGCUGACAUCAGCGACAAGGAAUGUAUCUACUCCGUUAGCAGACGUACCACGUCCAGAGUCUGCUAGCGCUGGAAAGAUGGACCGUCUUGAGAAACUUCGUAUUAAGACUCAGAAAAAUCCUUGGGAUGCGGAUUCUUGGCAAGCCAUGCUUGCAGAGUCGCAACAGCGAGGUGAUGUGGAUCUUAUUCGGGAGACUUACGAGGUGCUACUCCGGCAGUUUCCCACUUCAGCAAGAUACUGGAUAGCAUACGCUGAAUUUGAGCAAAAGCAGCGUGCGUUCGAUAGGAUGGAAGCCAUCUUUGAGCGCUGUCUCCGCUUGGUGCCAUCUGUGGAAUUGUGGAAAUUCUAUCUAACUCAUGUGCGGCGGGUUCACACUGGGGCGGGUGGUCCUCCUGAAAAGAAGCAAGAAGCUCGGGCGAAGGUGUUGAAGGCGUAUGAGUUCGUGCUUCAAAAUGUUGGUGUCGAUAAGGAAGCCGGGUUUAUAUGGAGCGACUAUAUUCAAUUUAUCAAAGCAGGAGAGACAUCCUCGAUUUACGAAGACCAGCAGAAGAUGGACUCACUGCGACGAGCAUACCAUCGAGCCAUUUGGAUACCGUUAACGAACAUUGAGCAGAUUUGGAAAGACUACGAUGCCUUCGAAAAUGGCCUUAAUAAGUUGACGGCCAAAAAGUUUCUGUCCGAGAAGUCAGCGGGAUACAUGACGGCCCGCACCGCUCUACGGGAGGUGAAGAAUCUAUUAGAUCCCAUUGAUAAAGCACAAAAGUUAUGGAUGGCCAAACCACCUUCAUGGACUGAGAAGGAGCUACAAAUUCUUGCCGCUUGGAAGAGAUUGAUUGCAUGGGAACGAUCAAACCCUCUUCGUCUCGAUGACAGAGGAGCUUGGAUUAAUAGAGUCGUGUAUGCGUACAAAUCCGCCUUACUGAUGUUGAGACAUUAUCCUGAGAUAUAUUACGACGCUGCGUCCUUUCUCAAGGAAGUGGGCAGAACGGAUGAAGCUGCCACGAUGCUCCGAUCAGGUAUUGACACUCUUCCAACCAGUCUUCUCUUGAACCUUUCCUUCGCCGAGCUGGAGGAAUCUCGUAAAAAGGAUAUGAACGAACUCCAAAAGAUCUUCGAUACCUUGAUUUCGCACUUGGAACUGAGACUGGAUGAGAUCAACGCAAAGUACGACGCAGAAAGGGAUAGGCUGAUGGCCGGUAUGAGCAAAGAUGAAGAAGCCGGUGGGCCGGAUGACUGGGAUGGGGAGAGAAGAGAACGAGAGAGAGAGAAACUGAAAGAAAAACAGAAGGAAGUUGAACAAAAAGUGGACGAGAGGCGAAAGAAGGAGUUGGAAAAUACCAAGAAGGCUCUUAGUCUUGUGUGGAUAGUAUAUAUGAGGACAGCUCGAAGGGCACAGAAUGUCAAAGCAUCUCGGGCAGUGUUUAGCAGAGCAAGAAAGUCAGCGCACUGCACAUACCAUAUUUGGGUGGCGGGUGCUUUAAUGGAGUACUACAGCAACAAAGACCGUGACGUUGCUGGAAGAAUGUUUGAGGUCGGCCUGAAAACGUUCGCGCCGGCCGAUGACCCACAGGCACCUGAUUUCAUCCUCAAUUAUCUGGAUUUUCUGAUCAAUCUGAAUGACGAAAAUAAUACACGCGCGUUGUUCGAACGAGCUCUGUCGGCCCUACCAUCAGCCCGUGCUAAGCCAAUAUGGGCCAAGUUCCUAUCGUACGAGAUGUCAUACGGGGACCUUGCGAAUGUUUUAAAAAUUGAGAAGCGUCGAGCUGAUGCAUAUCCAACCGAGCAAAAGAACUCUUUGUCUUCUCUCUCAGACAUAGCAGAGCGGUGGGGCUUCUUGGACAUUGACCAGGUCGGAGAAUUUGAGCUGGGACUGCCAGCCCAACGCGCGUUCGAAAAGAAAACUCCGGGAAUGACUGGACUACCUUUGUCUGCCACGAACCCGCUCUCUGGCAUGCAAAUGUCGAAAUCUGAAGAUCGGGCGGCUCAGCGAAAAUUCCAAAGUUUAGAGCCAGUUCACCCAGAACGGUACCCAAGACCUGACCUGAAUAAGUGGUCGUCCUAUAAACCCGAGCCAGCUGCUUUGAAACCGCCAGCUGCAUUUGGUGCUGGAGGAUCCCCUGCUCCUACUGCCAGCCCCAGUCUAGCAGCUGGAGUGCCAUCGCCUGCCCAGGUGACUGGAAUUUCCGGAUCGAGAUUAGCGAUGGUGCCAGAGGCCAUCGCGACAUUGAUGUCGGUUCUCCCUCCCUCGUCCUUAUACAAUGGACCUAUCCUCCCAAUUAAUGAUAUUCUUGAACUAUUCCGCCAAAUACCUUUGCCCAUCCCCUCGGUGCCUCCAAAAAUGGUUCCACUCCAACCUAGUGUCCAGGGAUCCAGUUCAUCGGGUCCAACGUCUGAUAGGCAAUUGCCGCCGUUCGACCGGCAACGAGGGUACGGAGAUCGCAACUAUGGCAGGGAUAGGACUAAGGAUGAAAAGGGUGGUUCUAGAGGCAGAGGACGGGGUGGGCGGUUUGAUGGUGGACGGAGCAGCGUGAAACGCAGGGGAGGCUUUGACGAGGAUCAAGCAUACGACGGGCCAACGCACAUCAAUCGGCCACCCGAGAAUGACAUCUUCCGAGCUCGUCAUCAGUUUAAACGUUUCCGGGAAAGUGCCGGAUCUGAUACAUAGUGCAUUUAUUUUAGCCAAAUUGCCACUCCUCUAUCAUGCGUCUCGUAAUUGCACGAAUUUGGGAUGGGCGUAAAUGUCUAUGAGCGCGGGACAGUGGAUGCUAUCGCCAUAUUUAGCAAACAAUCACACAUCUUAAAACAACAACUAUUGUACAGAAAGAGAACGCCAGGGAUAUUUGCUAAUCCUCCGUUCUCUUGGCAAAGCUAAU